GGACUAGAGCGUGGGAAAGCGCAGUUUCGAUUUCGGUCAGCCUCUCUAGCGAAGGAGGACUGUGGCAUAUUACAAGGAGCUACACAAUAAUACCACUCCCGAAUGUCUAUUGCCUGCAGCCUGCUCCCCUCCGCGACCGUCUGUCUUGACCUCUUCAGAAGUUGUUACCUCUGCCCUCCUGGCCCCUCCCCUUUUUGGAAUCUUCGCACCCCCUGCCAUUGUGAUACCGCCGAACGGAUACAAUGAAGCGCCCUGGGCGCUUAGCAACGGCCUGCGGGGGCGUGGCUGCCGCACAACGCCAACUGUUGCCCAAGGUAGGGAGGAGAGAAGGAGGAGGGCUGUUUCGUGAGCGUGUGGUGAGAGAGCGGGCGAAGAAGAAGAAGGGGAAUGCGAGGACCUGCGGCUGCAGCUUCUUCCCUUCCCGGCGGCUGGGGAGCGCAGGCGUCGCCCAAGUUUCGCUACUGAGCCAGUGUCCUGAAAUUCAAGACAGUGGCUAUUUGGACAGCGAAAGUGUGUACAUUGAAGCCGAUCUCUUUCCUGAUGAAGACAACAUGACCCUGGCCCAGCAGGAAGUCCACCAUGAGUCUGAUAUGGACAGUGCCAUUGAAAGCGCCCACAGCUCAGAGGCAUUGGAUGUGUGUAGGAGUGAGGCGAAGGAUAGCAUGCUGGGUGGCCUCUUCCUGCCUGGAGAUAAGUCAAGCUCCCUCAACCCUUCCGCAGCAUCUGACCUCUCCACCUAUUCCACUGCCUCCUUGAUCAGUAAUGAAGAACAGUUUGAAGACUAUGGAGAGGGCGAUGACGUAGACUUCACCCCAAGCAGCCCUUGCCCUGAUGAUGAAAGCAGAACAAAUGCCUACUCGGACCUUGGCUCAUCAGUUUCUUCCAGUGCUGGUCAGACCCCAAGAAAAAUGAGGCAUAUUUAUAAUAGUGAGCUGCUGGAUGUCUACUGUACACAGUGCUGCAAAAAAAUCAACCUGCUCAAUGACUUGGAAGCCAGGCUGAAAAAUCUGAAAGCAAACAGCCCAAACAGAAAAAUAUCUAGCACAGCUUUUGGAAGGCAACUUUUCCAUAACAGCAACUUCAGCAGCAGCAAUGGCAGCACUGAGGACUUGUUCAGAGAUAGCAUAGAUUCAUGUGAUAAUGAUAUCACAGAAAAGGUUACCUAUUUAGAGAAAAAAGUGACAGAACUGGAAAAUGAUAGCAUGACAAAUGGUGACCUGAAGAGCAAAUUGAAACAGGAGAACACACAUCUGGUCCACAGAGUUCAUGAACUUGAAGAACUCUUGAAAGACCAAGAGACGUCAGCUGAGCAGACUCUGGAAGAAGAGAUAAAAAGGCACAGAGAAGCAUAUAGCAAGUACGAAAAAGAGAAGAGCACUGAAAUUGAGUUGCUGAGUACAAGGGUUCAGCAGCUUGAAGAAGAAAACUGUGAGCUCAAAACCACUGUCUUACGGCUGAAAUCACAAACUGAGAAACUUGAUGAGGAGAGGCAGCGAAUGUCAGACAGAUUAGAAGACACCAGUCUGCGGCUCAAGGAUGAAAUGGAUUUGUAUAAAAGGAUGAUGGAUAAACUGAGACAGAACAGGUUGGAAUUUAACAAGGAGAGGGAGGCUACUCAGGAGCUUAUUGAGGAUUUGCGGAAGGAGCUGGAACACCUGCAAUUGUAUAAGCUUGAGUGUGAGCGGCCUGGCCGAGGAAGAAGUUCUUCCUCCAGCUUGAGCGAAUUCAACGCAAAAACUAGAGAAGUGGAAAUGGAACAUGAAAUUAAACGGCUAAAGCAGGAGAAUCAGAAGCUUCGCGACCAGAAUGAUGACCUUAAUGGACAGAUUCUUAGUCUUAGUCUUUAUGAAGCCAAGAACCUUUUUGCAACACAAACGAAAGCCCAGUCUUUGGCUGCUGAAAUUGAUUCUGCCUCCAGAGAUGAGCUAAUGGAAGCUCUUAAAGAACAGGAAGAGAUAAACUACAGACUGCGCCAGUACAUGGACAAGAUCAUCCUAGCCAUUCUAGACCACAACCCAUCCAUCCUGGAAAUAAAAAAUUGAAGAUCUGGAGCAGGAAGGGAAGUGAGCAGGGACUUGUUCCUGAUAAGAUGCUGGUGGAUACAAAUAUCACUCUGCUACUGUAAAUGAACCUAUAAAUAUAUAUAUAUUAUAUAUAUAUAACUUGUGUGGAUACACAGGACGUGUUUAUAUGAGGUUUGCUAUACCUUAUAUGUGAAUCAUAAUUUGGCUUGGUCAGUUUUUCAUGCACUUUUCACCACUUGAGGGUAAACAAAAGACUGUUAUGGGGUUGUAAUGAAAUAACCGUGUAACUGGAUUUGCACUCUUUUAGAUACUGGACAGGAAAAAAAUAACACUACCUCUAGAUGCAAGGUUGAUAAACAAUGGAAACAUGUCUCGUGCCAAUCUUCUGCUCCUGCCCCGCCAAACCAUGCUGAGUUCCAUGUCUUACCUGCAGUCCUUUCCUCAUCUUCCCAGAAAUGUGUUGCACGUCCAAGUUUGAUCCACAGGUGCUGAAUUGCUUUUCAUUUUUGUUGCAGUUGUGCUAUUGAAGCUACAGGAAAGUCAUUGACAUCAAAGUGUGUGUAUGAUACAGAAGGAAAAAGAGUACUCUAGAAAAUUGUUUAAAUUUUAAAACCCCAUACAUUUGCCUUCUUUCAGCAUAAAGCACUUUUUAAAAUAUCCAACAUAUCUGGUUAUGAAUCCUUUAGGAUGGGUGUAAUAGUGUGAGUUUUUUGGCCAUUGUUCUUCUAAGCUUCACAUCUGCAAAGCUGUUGUCAUCAUAUCUUUCUGAAAUUCAAGAUUAUCACCGGGAUGCAAAAGGGUUACUACUGGAGAUUAGACUUUUAACUUCACCGGGCACUAAAUGCAAGCUGACUUUUGCUGCAUAAAACUCACCGCACUUUCACAGCCUUGGCAACCACUCUGUUAAAAUGUGGGCUGGCCAAGAGGGCUGCUUGGCCCACCCAUGACUAAGGGUUGUAAAUUUUUUAAGGGGGAAGGCUCUAUGCCAUUGUCUUGACAAGCAGAAACCAAGCAGGAGAUCUGAUUUUUAUUUUUAUUGCUGCUUUUCAAGUCUGGGAAAAGCUUCCCCUGCUGAUUUCUGCCUACUUACAAAGCCAAUAAAGGCACAAAUUAAUUAAGAAAAGGUGGCAACCCCACCGCUGCUUCAUUUAACAGGCACCCAAAGCUUUUCAGAGACCUGUGGCUGCAAUGAACCAUGUGCUUAUUGAAGAACAAAGGUGUUUUUUUAAAACAGCUUUUUUAAAUACUCCACAUUUACCCAAUCUGAUGGCCCUUGAGCUCAGCUUUUUGUGAAGUCAGAGGGCAUAUAGACAGGUGCAUGACUGAUUGUGAGUGAUCACUCUGGAAAGUUGGGAUUGAUUGCCCACACCAAGCUGCACAGUCACUCAUCAUUAUAGAGAAGCAUCUGCCGGCUGUGUGCUGUCUAAAAGCACUCUCAAGUUUUACUCUGGCUCCCUCCUCUUUUUUUCAUUUUUUAACUCUGGGAUGACCAACCUGCUGCUCUACAGUUGUUUUUGGACUCCAACUCCCAUCAGCUGUAGCUAACAUGGCAAGUGGUCAGGGAUGAUAGGAGAUGUAGUCCAGCAACAUCUGGUGGAGCACAGGUUCUCUGUCCCUGAUUUAAACUACUGCUUUGUUCUGUAAUCAUCCAUUUGUUCAUUUUGCUUCUAAGGUAAAUCCACACAAUUUUCCCUUCGCACUGUAGGAAAACUGGUAGGGAAAUGGUGGCUUAUAAGGGCUGCUUCACACAUCUCAUUUCCUGCACGGAAUGUUAGCUUUAGUGAAGGAAAUGCCAUGAACGCUGCAUGUCUGUUGUUGCAUGCAACAAUCAGGCACACAUGUACAUGAAUUAAAAGGCGGGGCAGGGUGAGAGAACUUGGCCUUCAUGUGAGUUUCAUGUUUUUUCCUACUCCAGAGUAGUUCACAUGCAGUAAAGGAAUAAUGUGUAAAAAUAUGUGCAAGACUUUGAUGUCUGUAUCUGUUGGCAGAUAUUGUAUUUUCUCUCCCUAAUUGAUUACAGCCUACAGUUCCAAGUUAAAAUCCUAUCUUGCGUUGUUGUUUUCUUUAAAAAAAAAGAAGCAUGCAGUAAGUUAUAGUAAGUAUGUAGACUGCUAGGGAUUAUAGCUACCAAAAUAAAUUGAAAGUGAA